ACAAAUGAUGAACAAGUCAACAAACAAACUCGUUGACUAGUCUAGUCUUCUUAGUUCUUACCCACACCCACCCACCUUCCCCCUUCAUUUCUCUCUCAUUCUCUAAAACCUUCUUUCUCUCUCUUCCCACCAUGGACCACGGCGUCCAAGCCAUCUUCGCCGCCAUCGGCAGCUUCAUCGUCGUCACGCUCCUCCUCGCCGCCGCCAUCCUCUUCUGCCAGCACCGCAAAUCCACCAAAUCCCGAACCCGCCGCAACAACCAGAUCCGAGCCCGCCCUCUCCGAAACCCCAACCCCAGCUCCUCCCUCUCCAUCGUCGACGCCAGCUGGUCCUGGGAUCCCAAACUCAAGAUCUCCAUGGAAGAACUCUCCCGCGCCACAGAAAACUUCUCCCCGCGCCUAAUCGUCGGCGACGGCAGCUUCGGCCUAGUCUACAAGGCUCGCCUCUCCACCGGCGCCGUCGUCGCCGUCAAGAAGCUCUCCCCCGACGCCUUCCAAGGCUUCCGUGAGUUCGCGGCGGAGAUGGAAACUCUCAGCAAGCUCGGCCACCGCAACAUCGUGAAGAUCCUCGGGUACUGGGCCUCCGGCCCGGAACGGUUACUCGUCUACGAGUUCAUCGAGAAAGGGAACCUUGACCAGUGGCUUCACGGGCACUCAUCAAACGACGACGUUUUCCGCUGCUUCCCGUUGACGUGGGUUCACCGGGUCAACAUCAUGCGCGGUGUGGCCCAUGGGCUUUGCUAUCUUCACGGGCUUGACAAGCCCAUCAUCCAUCGAGACAUCAAGGCUAGCAAUGUGUUAUUGGACUCUGAAUUUCAGGCCCAUAUAGCUGAUUUUGGGCUGGCCCGGAGAAUAGAUACCUCGCAUUCGCACGUGUCAACGCAGUUCGCGGGAACUAUAGGGUACAUGCCCCCGGAGUAUAGGGAUGGUGUCCUUGUGGCGAAUAAGAAGGUGGAUGUGUAUAGUUUUGGGGUGUUGAUGAUGGAAACCGCGUCGGGGCACCGGCCCAAUUUGGCGGUGAGGUUCGACGGGGUGGACAUUGGGCUGGUCCAGUGGGCUAGGAAGAUGAAGGAGCAGGGGGCUGAGAUGAAAAUGGUGGAUGAGAAGAUUUCAAGAGAUGAAGAAGGGUUGAGGGAAGAAAGUGUUAAGGAGUAUAUACGCAUUGCUUGUAUGUGUGCUGGUGAGUUGCAAAAGGAAAGGCCUCAAAUGGUUGAGGUUGUUAAAUUGUUGGAAUCAAUGCCCCACUUUGAUUAUCAAAACGAUGUAAAUAAAAUAGCUACAUAGGAAGAGCAAAAAUAUUGCAAUAAGUAAGAUUGUUUUAAUGUAAUUCUAUUAUAAUAGCAUUGUUAUAUAAUAUUGUUUCACGUGCGUGUUUGUGGCGA